AUGGUAGAGUUUGCCAUCAACAACUCGGUGCAUGCGUCCACGACACAUACACCGUUUUACGUGAAUGGCUUACGCCGUCCGCGUGUUCCCACCUUACUCGAGUGUAACUCUGGUUUAAGGGGGAGAGAGACUCGCGCGAGCAAAAAACGAAUUGGUUCACGCUCAUCACGCUCUGACGAAGAGGUCAUUGCGUUUGAUGCCGAUAUCGAUAAAAUCGAUAUCGAAGAAGAUGAUGCCAGUGAGAGUGCGGAAGCCCUCACUGAAGAAGAUGAUCCCAGUGAGAGUGCGGAAGCCCUCACUGAAGAAAAGAUUGAUGUUGCUGCAGUGCGCUCACAGCACACUGAAGCUAACGAGUCAUCAGAUGAGUUCAUACUGGCUCGUGAAACGGUAGUCCGUUUUGUGCAAGACUCCAUCGCCAAAGCGGUGGAUGAGCAAAGCAAAACGCUGACAAGAAUGGAAGGGCAAACACUCUUUUAUUUGAUAAAGGUGACUUAG